CCCGGGGGUCGCGUUCUGGACUUCCAGCUCCACCAUGUGGAGCGGACGGCGGGGCAGCCUCAGGCCGGCGGGCUGUGGCCUGGAGGAGCUACGGCGCCGCCGGCGGGAGCGGGAGGCAGUACUGCGGAAGGCACGGAGGGAGCAGCAGCUGAUCAGCAAGAGGCUGCUGAGAGACGACGCCCCGGGGGAAGCCGAAGAGGGAUGUGUGGCCAUGAUCCUCAGGGAAGCCGAGAUCCAGCAGUUCCUGCGGUUAGCCCAGCGGGGGACAGAGGAAAAGGAGAGAGAGAGGGCUCUGGUCAGCCUUCGUCGAGGCUUGCAGCACCCUGAGACGCAGCAGACCUUCAUCUGGCUGGAGGGAAGCAUGCGGACUCUGGUCGGCCUCCUGACCAGCAACCAGGCUCUCCUGCAGCUUGAGGCGGCUCGGUGCCUUCAUGAGCUCUCUCAUUCUGAGCAGUCUGCGGUGGCUGAGGCCUGCCUGCCAGCCACUUCCUACCUUCUCACCUACCUCUCCGGUCACAGCUCAGACUUUAUAGAGCUCUGUCUGUAUACACUGGGUAACCUGAUCGUGGAGAGUGAGGCUGUGAGAAGGCAGCUCCUGCCACAGGGCAUUGUUCCUGCCUUGGCUGCCUGCAUCCAGUCCCCCCAUCUGACUGUGCUAGAAGCCCUUGGAUAUGCCUUGUCCCAGCUUCUGCAGGCUAAGGAAGCUCCAGAGAAGAUCAUCCCCUCUGUCCUGGCCUCCACUCUCCCACAGCACAUGCUGCGACUGUUGCAACCUGGCCCAAAGCUGAACCUUGGGGUUGCUAUGGAGUUUGCCUGGUGCCUUCACUACAUCACCUGCAGCCAGGUCAACAAUGACCUGCUCAUCACCCAUGGGGCUCUGUCCACCCUGGGGCUGCUGCUGUUGGACUUAGCUGGGGCUGUCCAGAGAACUGAGGAUGCAGGACUGGAGCUGCUGGCAUGCCCUGUGCUCCGAUGUCUAAGCAACUUGCUAACAGAGGCAGCGGUGGAGGCUGUGGGAGGGCAAAUGCAGCUCAGAGAUGAGCGUGUUGUGGCAGCCUUAUUUAUCCUUCUGGAGUUCUUCCUCUGGAAACAGCCCAGCCUGCUUCCUGAGGGCCUCUGGCUCCUUAACAACCUCACUGCAAACAGUCCUAGUUUCUGUACCUCCUUGCUCUCCCUGGAUCUGAUUCAGCCCCUCUUACAGUUGUUGCCAGUAUCUAAUGUGGUGAGCCUAUUGGUGCUUACAGUUCUGUGCAACAUUGCAGAGAAGGGUCCUGCUUACUGCCAGCAUCUGUGGCCAGGGCCCCUGCUCCCCUCCUUGCUGGACACACUGGCGUUCUCUGACACUGAAGUAGUAGGCCAGAGUUUGGAGCUGCUUCAACUGCUGUUUCUCUAUCAGCCAGAGGCUGCCCAGGCCUUUCUGCAGCAAUCAGGGCUGCAGGCCCUGGAAAGGCAUGAGGAGACACAGCUCCAGGAUCGUGUGCAUGCUCUCCAGCAGAUAGCUCUUCAUGGGUGACCUGGCUUCUCGAUGUCACUUACUCCACUCCUCACCCUCUCCCCCACCCCAGCUUCCUUGCCCUUGGAGCCCCUUUUGGGGAUUUAGACCCACAAUGAGGUCUCAUGUUCUCUGCUCCCACACCUAAGCCUACGCCAAGACCUUUGGACCCCAGCUCUUCUUUCACCCAGCAAGGUCCAGGCAGGAGGACCAGAGGGAACUUGCUGUGGCCUACUUAUUCUGAGGCCCUGGAAUCUCCUUUUUUUUGUUGUUGCUUUGGCAGCUAGUGGCUUUUGAUGGGACAGAAUAAAGUUUUAUUUUUAUAUUAAACU